AUGCAGAUGGAAGUUGUAUUUCUGUAUCGGAUGCCCAGCCUCCGGCUUCCCGUCAUUCGCCGACGGCGCCUGGUAUGCCUGUACAAGGAGGCGCCCGACACCGCGGGCCUGUUGGAGGACCUCUACAGCGUGUGCACUGACGUCGUCUACGGACAAUUCUACCUGGACAAAGCCGGUCUGUUCGCGAAGCAGCGCUUCGUCGACAUAGCUUGUAAGUAUCACUUUCGUUCCCGUUCACUGGUUGACACGGAGCAGCCAACGUUGGAACACAGGCUGCCGGACAAGUCUCGAUACGCGCACGCGCCUCGCAUUCUGGGCUGGCUGGGCGGUGAGCUGAGCGACGCUGGCGACUUCUCAAGACUCGCCGGCGAGUCCGCGAAGGCGCUGCAAAGCUUCGCCCACAAUUUCGCGACGUGGCUGGAAGCGUGGUCCUUCGACGGUGCGCACCUGGACUGGAGGUACCCAGGUGGUCCUUGCGAGGUAGCAGACGAUUACAACACGUUUGCGAGACUCCUGCAACUCCUGCGAAGCAAGACUCGCCUUCUCUCAGUGGCCCUUCCGUACAAGGAGGCAAUGCUUGCCAGACGCUUUGAUAUCAAGAAUAUCGCCAGCUUAGCCGACAUGUUGGUUGUGAGUACUGACGAGACGUUGGCCGAGGACUACACUGGUCAGCCGAGCUGCCCCGGCGCAGCCCUGCCUCAGGUGGCUGCUUCCUUGUGGAGGGUUCGCCGCAUGGCUGCGGCCUCGGAGCUGCAGCAGCAGCAAUCCACCGCCAACCGCGAUGUGCAGCUCUGCCACACGGUGUCGCUAGCUUCCAUCGUCUACUACCGCAGCUUCGCCCAGCCGUCCAACUUGAGCAAAGGACUUUUCGUCGUGAGCUCGGUGGUUCCCUACAGCGACCACUGCCUGAAGAAGGCGGGUUACCGUAACCAACCACUGCUCAACGAGCCUGGAUGCACGGCGCUUGUGCGCGACAGCAACAAUGCCCCCAGGUGA